UUAUUGAGGAUCAUGAUACUGUUAGAAGAAAACAACAGAGUUAUUUGCGAAACUCUAAAAGCAAAGUUUGCUGCUGCCAAGCCUGAAAGUGUAAAUAUAGCUGCAGUUGAUUUUGAUGGAGUACAAUAUCAAAUAAGUAAUCCUCCCAACGAUAAAGGAAUUAUACUUCUGAGUGCGAGAAUGGGAAUGUUUGAAGAUCUGGUGGCACACGGAGUCCAAGAUUUACUGCAAAGAGAAUAUGGUGAUGCGCUUCAAGCCACACCUGAGGAGAGCUACGAUGUGACUCUAAAGUUUGAUUUAGCGUCCCUUCCUGCGGAUAGAGAAGCUUUGGCUCUGAAAGCAUCCCUUCUUAAGCGUAACUGCUUUGCUUCUGUCUUUGAGAAAUAUUUCAAGAUGCAAGAAGCAGAGACAGCGUCAGACAGGACAGCAGUGGUCCAUUAUCAUGAAGAAGAGGCGGUUUACAUCAGUGCACACCCCGACAGAGUAACUGUCAUAUUCUCUACCCUCUUUAAAGAUCCUGAUGAUGUUGUCAUCGGCAAGGUAUUCUUGCAAGAGUUCAAGGAUGCAAGAAAAGCGCACCAACAGGCUCCACAAGUGCUGUUUUCAUAUGGGGAGCCUCCCGCGGAGCUAAAUGGACAACCUGGUCUACUGAGAGGAGACAACAUCGGGUACGUGACAUUUGUGUUGUUCCCUCGACACACAAGCCCAACAAAUCGGGAUAACACCAUUAAUCUGAUCCACCAGUUCAGAACUUAUCUACAUUACCACAUCAAGUGCAGCAAGGCUUUCCUCCACUCUCGUAUGAGGAGCAAAACUUCCGAGUUCUUGAAGGUUCUGAACCGCGCAAAGCCUGAGGCCAUGACUGAGAAAAAAUUUGGUGUUGGGAAAAAGUUUUAAUUAAUAAUGGGUGAAUUGUUCUUGCUAUUUUUAGUUUCUGACUCGGACUGGCAGAAUAAAUAGAAACAGUCUUAUGUUGAAUUUCGUAUUGUUAUGUUACAUCAUGUUUUCAUUAUUUUGAGUACACUGAAAGUUCUGCUUACUAGCGUAUACAUCAUAAUGUGUUAUUGUUCCUUUGUGUAUAAUAUUUUUGUAAAAUUAAAAUACUUUUUAAAUUGAAA